AUGUCUUCGAUCUUAUUUGUUGUUGCUAUUGUUGGUGUUGUUAUUGUUGCUGUUGUUAUUGUUGCUGUUGUUGUUGUUGCUGUUGUUGUUGUUGUUGCUGUUGUUGUUGUUGCUGUUGUUGUUGCUGCUGUUGUUGUUGUUGCUGUUAUUGUUGUUGUUGUUAUUACUAAUACUGCAAAAUUUAGAUGCGAUAAUGACUGA